GGACCGCUGCGUCAUGACAAUCGCCGCGAAUUCACCUGGCUGUUGCGGCCUGACCAUCCUAAAUCGCACCAGCACGCAUUUUUGGUUCAAGCGCCAGGCUGCCUGCAGUACAAAUCUGAAGGGGCAGCUCCUGGGGGGUCUUCGUGGACACGAGUGAAAGCCGUGGAGCCUGCAUCAUGCCAGCACGGGACGGUGCCCGGCCGCGGAAGCUGGCGCCAAGGCCGAUCUUCACCUCCCAGUCAACCGAGCAGGUGGAACCAUCGCCCGGGCCGGGCUCGGAUGGCUCGAAAAAAGGCCGCGAGGAGGACGAUGGGCGCGAGCACGCGAAAAGCGGUGACGGAGGAGAAGGCGGAGGCGGAGGAGGAGGAGGAGGAGGAGGAGGAGGAAAACGGCGCGACCUCAGGACUGCUGCAGCGCGGCUGCCACGAACCUGCGAGCCACGAGGUCGCCAUGUGUCGCCAGGCGACGCUGCGCGAGCCGACCUGCAGUGGGAAAGCUCGUGCAGCGAAACGUGGCCUAAGGGGAAGAGCGUGCGAGCAACACACUUGCCAGCAUGGGCGCGAGGGAAAAAGACGAGCGCUUCACAAGCGUCAGAGCGCGAGGGUCUUCUUGCAGCCGCUGCUCAGAGCCGCCACCUCCGUGUGGUCAUCCUCCCCGAGGAGCCCCCCGACGAUGUGGCCCGCGUGCCUCAGGUUGCGGGCGAAGAAGUUUAGAUAUGCCGUGCCGGUGCUGGUGCGGCCGUGCCGCACCUUCAGCCACACCGCCCCGAAGGACAUCCACGGCGUGCCCGUGCCGGCUGCCUUGGUGCCAGCGCUGAAGAAAAGGCCGUGGCCUCCCUUCAGCCCGAGCGAAGCGACCUUGGACUCCACCCAUGCUCCCGUCAUGUUGACGCUCAUGAAGUACGUGUCCGCGCAGGCGUCGCCUACCCGCCGGGCGUCGGCCUCAACGGCGAGGAGCGCAUCCGACCGGUUCGCUCGGAAGGGCACGAGGAGGAGGACAUGGACGCCGGGCCUCAUCACGUCGAAGUGCUCCCCAUGCACGUUGACCAAGUGCGGGUCGCCAGUGGCGGACAAGACACCGGGAGCCGCCGCGGCCGCGGCGCCGCCAACCGACGGAGCCGCCUCGGCAGGGGGCAUGUCCCCCGACGGCAUGGCUGCACCGUCCAUGCCCGACGGGGGCAGCAUUACCGACGGGGGCAUCAUUGCCGCGGGCAUGCUGCCCGACGGGGGCAUCAUUGCCGCGGGCAUGCCGUCCGACGGAGGCAUCAUUGCCGCGGGCAUGCCGUCCGAUGGAGGCAUCAUUGCCGCGGGCAUGCCGUCCGAUGGAGGCAUCAUUGCCGCGGGCAUGCCGUCCGAUGGAGGCAUCAUGGCCCACGGGGGCGUGCGUGCCGUGCCGUUCGAUGGGGGCAUGGCCGGAGGAGUUAGCUGGCCCGAGCGUCGUGGACGACGCCCAUGGCCAGCAUGGUGUUGCACUUCGUCCGACACUUCCAUCCUGGUCUGCAUCAUGAACACAUCUGGGUACCCGAUACUUCCACACUCCUGGAGUUCGCAGGUCCCUGUGGUCACCCUGAUAUCUGCAGAACGAGUGAUCGUGGCACAUAUUGAGAAUGCAGCGGCAUGCAACGCCACGUAUCUCGCGCUGCAUGGCGUAGCGCAAGUAAUCGACUGAUAACCCCUCAUGAUAUCCAGGUUGAUGUGGGUGGAAAUGCGAUGAUAAAAUACAAUAGGAGGUUUAAGGAAGGGUAAAUGGCUUGAACCGUAAUGGCGACAAAGCACCGUAGCGCAAUUCUUGGAAAUUCAACCGACCGUAUAUUCGAUACCGUGACAAACUUUCAAGCAGAAC